AACUAACACAAUGCACAGCGAAGAGUUCUUCAAAGAUUUCACUCAAAUCCACUUGAUAUUAAAAAAAGUAAUAUUCUAUUUCUGGUAAGUUUUACAACCACAAAACCCUUCUUGCCCCCAUACCUUUAAGUAAAAUACCUUAUGUUAAUUUUGAAUUAUUAUUAGCAUGAUUAUAUAUCCGAACCCACCAAAUUUACUACUUCAGGGAACCACAUAUACGGUAUGCUUAAUCUGUUGAUCAUUUUUUUUUUUUUUAGUUUUAUUGUAUUGAGAAGAUAAGAGUAUCUUAGUAGUUUUCCAUUUCAGGAAAGGUUCGUUUGUAAAAAAAUUCCCAAUUUCUUAAUUUUAGGGUUUUUUUCCUCUCAGUUUUGUAAUUUCCUGUUCGGAAAAUCGCUUCUGGUGUCAAAUUUGGCCAUCUGGUGAGUAUUACUGUUAAUUUUGAGUUGUAGGUAUUUCUUAAUUUCUUCGAAUUUUGAUCAACUUCUCUUUUGUUUGAGUUUCUGGGGUUUUUAGUUAUAUAAGAAUUAAAUUUUGGGGGUCUUUGUGCUUUACGAGUGUUAGAACAUGCACUUUGUUAAUCUUUUUAAAUAUUUGAAAUGUUUGUCGGUGGGUUUUAUGAAUUGUGUUUAGGGGGUAAAGUAUUGACUUCUCGAGUGAUAUUUUCGAUUUUUUCCUAGACGUUAAUCCUGUAAUGGUGAUAAUUGAGGAAUUUUUUUUCUAGAAUUGCGUUUAAUUGUAUGCUUAAAUGGUUUCAUGGAGGUUAUUUAUUUAUUUAUUUUUCCUCUUUCUUUCUUCCCAUUCACUCUCUGGUGGAUUAAAUGUGGAAUUUUUUUUUUCUAGAAUUGUGUUUAAUUGUAUGCUUAAAUGGUUUCAUGGAGGUUAUUCAUUUAUUUAUUUAUUUUCCUCCUUUUUUCUUCCCAUUCACUCUCUGAUGGAUUAAAUGUGGAUUUCUAUUGUGUUCUUUUUUGUGUGGCUUGCUGCUUUUCAAACUCAGUGGUUAUCUUUUGCAGAUGCUUUUUAUACAUAUAAGGAUCGAAUAGUGUGUGCGAUGAACAUUAUGGAUGAGGACAUUGAGGAUAUGGCUGCGGUUGGUCGAGCAGAAACUGCUCGGACCCAAGGUAAAGAAAGUGAAUAUUUGAGUGAGAACCGAAAUGUGUUAGAAUUAAGAGAUAGGGCUAUUGUUAGGGAAAUGGGUUUCCCGAGGAGCUCAAUUCAGCAAUUUGUAGAUAUAUUGGGCGGAAAAGAUCCAAGUAGUGUUGUAAAUAUAGUGGAAGUGUCUCAGGAUCCCGGUACUAGUUACCAUGAAAGUGGAGAGAACAGGGUUCAGGAAUUAACCUUUUCUGGUUCCAAUCCUGAAUUCAGCAUGAUGAACGAGGGUGAGGUGAUGGAGACACUUAUGAAUGAGUGGCAACAUGGGAAUCAUCGGGUGGUUGAAGUUGCAGUUGAAGGUGAGGGUGUAGAUGUAGAUGUAGGUGUAGGUGAAGCAUUACACGAGCGUUUGACCCACAAGGAGAACUCUCUUGCAACUUCAAAUGCUUGGAAGGACUCAAGAUCUGUCGGUGUUUUGGUUGAGCAAGGAUUCAAUCACAAUGAUAAAACUGAUGCAGUUUUGAAGGACGCACUUUCAUCUGGGGCUAUGAGGAUGAAGAUUAUAUCCAGAUCAUCUGAAUUUCCGGAAUAUUUUGUUAAGAGAACACUGAAAGGUAAGGGGGUUCUAUGUAGAGACCCAGUUUCUGCCGGUGGUGAAUUUAAGGACCAGAGUAUUGUCAGAGGCGCUACGCCGCCCACAUCCAGCCCAUUGGAAAUGAGAUCAAAUGGUGUUCUUUCGUCCAAUAAUGAUGAGGCGGGUGUUGUUAGUUGCGAAUCUAUGAAUGAUGGAUUGAAUAUGAGGGAGUGGAUGAGAUCAAGGCAGAAUAACUUGCAUAAAGUUGAUCGUCUCCGUACCUUCAAGCUCAUUUUGGAACUGGUGUUUUCUCUGCACUCAAAUGACAAGGUCUUGAUGGAUUUACGCCCAUCUUUUUUUAGGUUGUUGCCUUCUGGAACGGUCGAGUACUUUGGGCGCUUAUGUGCACCUAAGGAAAUUCAUGGAAGUGUUGUGCAUAAGGAGGUUCAGAAGCUGCAGCCUUUGAAAAGGCCAUUAGAGCAGGGUAUGUCACUCCAUUCUUUUUUCGGUGCGAAGCACCAGAAAUCCAUUGAUAAUACAAAAUUUUACAAGACGAAGUCACAAUUUCAACUAGGCUAUGGCCCAAAACCUAUAAUUUCAAACAAUUUUGAUGCCAAUGUUGCUGGUCCAGGAGAUUCUAAGAUUUCGAGCGGGCUGCAUUUGCUACCUUCUGCGCGGCAUCAUAUAUUUUCUGUAAAUGAACAGCUAGAAGAGAAGUGGUAUAGAAGUCCUGAGGAGCUCUUUGGCAGGGAUUGCACAUUCUCAUCAAAUAUCUACAGUCUCGGCGUCUUUUUUUUUGAGUUACUUAGUAGUUUUGACUCAGGGAAAUUGCGAGCUUCAGCAAUGUCAGAUCUACGUCAUAGAAUUAUUUCCCCGAAGUUUUUAUCGGAGAACCCAAAAGAAACUGGGUUUUGUUUGUGGCUACUCCAUCCAGAACCUUCACUUCGGCCAACAGCCAGAGUUAUUUUACAAUCAGAGGUCAUGAGUGAAUUACAAGGAUUAUGUGGGGAUGUAAAUUUAUCAUCUAUCCAACAAGAUGAAGGUGAAUCUGAGCUGUUAUUGCACUUCCUUUUGUCUGUUAAAGAACAGAAGCAAAAGGAUGCUUCAAAAUUAGUGGAAGAUCUUGGGUGCAUAGAAUCUGAUAUCAAAGAACUGGAGAGGAGACACAAUAUGAAAAUACCCUUGACUUCAGCAUGCUCAGCCGAGGCAUUGCGUUAUGCAAGCGAGAGAGGUUACCUUUACGAGGGAAAUGGGCCUUCUACUUGUGCUUCUGAUGGAGGAGACUCAAGGUUUUUGAAGAAUGUAAAUCAACUUGAAAGUGUUUACUUUUCUGCUCGAUCCCAAACCCAUGUUUCCAUAAACGGUUCUGUAGUUCGUGCAGACAGAGAGUUGCUUGAAAGUCGAGAAAAUUGGUAUUUGGAUCAAGAUGGUGAUGGAAGUUUGAGGCCCUUGGAUGAUCGUGGAGCCUUCUUUGAGGGCCUAUGCAAGUAUGCUCGUUACAGUAAGGUUAAAGUUUGUGGAACUAUAAGAAAUAGUGAUAUUACCAACUCUACUAAUGUUGUUUGCUCACUGAGUUUUGAUCGGGAUGAGGACUACUUUGCUGCAGCUGGAGUGUCAAAGAAAAUAAAGAUUUUUGAUUUUCACGCGCUUUAUGACAACUCUGUUGAUAUUCAUUAUCCAGUUAUUGAGAUGUCAAACAAAUCAAAACUUAGCUGUGUCUGCUGGAACAAUUAUAUCAGAAAUUAUUUAGCUUCAACAGAUUAUGAUGGGAUUGUCAAGUUAUGGGAUGCAAGUACUGGUCAAGAAUUUUCUCAGCAUAUUGAACAUGAGAAACGGGCAUGGUCUGUUGAUUUUUCCCUGUUGGAUCCCAUGAAAUUAGCUAGUGGUAGUGAUGACUGCACGGUAAAAUUAUGGAGCAUCAAUGAGAGAAAGUGUUUACAUACAAUCCGAAACAUCGCGAAUGUGUGCUGUGUUCAGUUCUCUCCUCAUUCAUCCCAUCUUGUGUCUUUUGGGUCUGCCGAUUACAAGAUUUAUUGUUAUGAUCUCCGCAAUGCUAAUGCUCCAUGGUGUGUAUUGGCUGGUCAUGAGAAAGCUGUGAGUUAUGUCAAGUUUGUUGACUCUGCGACCCUUAUUUCUGCAUCCACUGACAAUACACUGAAGCUUUGGGACCUUAGUAGAACUAGUUCUACUAGUUUGUCCUACAAUGCUUGCAGCUUAACCCUUGGUGGGCACAAGAAUGAGAAGAAUUUCGUGGGUUUGUCCGUUGCCGAUGGAUACAUUGCUUGUGGUUCAGAAACCAAUGAGGUUUAUACUUACUAUAAAUCCCUUCCUAUGCCAAUCACCUCACACAAGUUUGGCUCAAUUGAUCCAAUUUCUGGAAAAGACACUGAUGAUAGCAAUGGGCAGUUUGUUUCUAGUGUGUGUUGGAAAGGGAAAUCUAAUGCAAUUGUUGCUGCCAAUUCCAGUGGGUGUUUAAAAGUGUUAGAGAUGGUCUAAGGAUUCUCAUUAAUUAUAAAUUGCUACAAGUGGCCAUUUCUUUGCAGUUCAAUUUGUAUUGAGGUUGCCCUGGUAUUGGAAAUUGUUUAUGCACUCAUUCUCAGUAAUGGUGUGCUUCAACAAAAUCUCAUUUUCCCCAAGUGAAAAAAUCUCUGCACUUAAGCUGUGGGGAUGAAAGUAUUGCUGAACUUGUACCGAAAUUCCCGAUGAUUCUCCUUCUGACUGCAGCAUUGCAAGGCAAUUUGUUCAACUGAUAUAUAAAUCAUAUUCCCCCUUAUAUAUUGGAGAUGAUAAUGAAGGUUUUUGGGCUGAAAGGUGUUCUCAAUGAAUGAAAUGAAGUGUUGACACAAAUUCUACGUACAAGAGAUGAAAGAAAAUGCAUUGGUUUAUGUUAUGGCUGCGUUUAAUGUGACUCACGAUUGGUUGUCUUAAAUGACAAUCUUUUCUGGGAUGAAACAAGUGCUUUGUUGCUACUGCUUAACGUUGUAUGUAGUGUAAACCAGUUCUACUAACCUUCAUAUUUCUUUCAGUUGAUCGUUCUCCUUUAUUUGUUCACGUGCACCAUUUAAUUGAAUCUCAAGCUUACAUAUAUUUGACAGGGUUCAUCGGAUAUGAAUGAGGAAUGAAUUUAAUGCUUUGAGUAAUACAAGAACAUGCAGCUUCAAUCUUGGCAGUGGCUGAGAUUUAGAGGAUUAUCCUUUUAGAUGACGUUUAUGACAAAGAGAAACUGCAUAAUCUAUUUUGAAAGAUGGACAAAAAGGUACCAGUUCUUUUCUUGAUGGUUGCAGACUAACUGUCGUUAUCUUUUCAUAUAUGUUUGUUGGAAUCCUUUUGUGUACCGACAUUGUUAAACUCCUUACAAUUUCUCUUCCCGGGGGCUCUCUGUUUUUCCGUUGUCUCACACUCUCAUCCGUCAUAUGAAUCGUACAUUCAACUUGGUUAAGACUUCUCUUCCUUGCGAAUGUCUUGGUCUACUGAGUGGUAUCACGUUGGCUUUUUAGUUACUAUAACUUGAGGAUGGCCCAUUUAAGCUCGUAGAAUCUCGUGCCCCUCGGAAAUCUAGCACUCUGUCUGAAUCUUCAAGCUCUCAGUUUCUGUCCAAAGUUUCUAUGUCAUUCUUUCGAGAAGCAAUUGGAUCAUGCUUGUUAAACAUCUUGUUUCAACUCCAUUGGAUAUCAAGUUUGCCGUAUGCUGCUUAGUGAUUUUUCUCGGCAUUGGAUUUACCUUAAUGAGUAGGUAUUGUAUUAUGAUCUUGUAUACUUCCAUUUAUUUUCCUAAACUUUACUUUUAUGGGAGAAUAACUCCUGCUUUAAAUCAUUCUUAUGUUGUGCCAAAUUUUGUGGAAAAUGAUAGGUUCGUUCCAAAAUGCUUCUACACCAAAUAUAUCAACAUAAAUUGUCGUAUGAAACAUUCUCACAGAGUCAUAUUGAGAUGCGCCCUAUAUAUAUGCUAAAUAGUCUAAUAAAUACAAAUUAUAAGAAUAUAACUACUUGUUUAGAGGCCGUCUUAUUAAGAGAUGGUCUCUCAAACAAUAUUCAUAAAAAAAUGUCUAAGUUUAUGAAAAAAUUUACUUUUAUGUUCUAUUGAGAUUGAUAUAUUUUUCUCCCGAAAGUUAUUUAUAUUCAUAAUGAAGCAAUCUCGAUAUGAUAGAAUAGUAAAUCUUAUGAAAUCAUUAAUAAAAUUGAACGAUCACUUGUUCUAUAAAUAUUUGGUUUCAAAAGAACUUAAAUUUUCCCUCUUAGUCAAAGUUGGUUCAAGCAUCAUUUUUUAUACCACGAGCCAUUACUACAAAUCACAAAUUCACAAUAUUAUGAAGGAUAUAUUGUUAUCAUUUGUUUUCUUCGUUGCUCUGAAAUUGCGAGGUCUUCUAUUUUAUUGUUUUAUGACUAUUUGAAGUCAUGACUACAUAACAUUAAUGCAUAUUCAGUCUCGCUUUAUCAAUUUCUUAAUCGUUGUACCGUUUCCUUAGUUUUGAUCCCAACUCGUAAUUGAAGACUUAAUUGAGCACUACAGUCUCCGAAAAAAAAUUAAGCGAAGAGGGGUGCUCAUUAAAAACUUGAAUAAAAAUAAAAACUAUGAAUAAUUAACAUUCACUAAUCAAGAUUUAGAAUGAAAGAUAACCCGAAU